CGCAUUUCGUCACAUGAAAUGGCAAUAGAAUGGCAGAGGCAGCAGCAGCAGACAAUCAGACGACUAUCUUAUCAGACGCGAUACGGCACAGAAUGCUUAUCAGGCAGCCCUUGACGCACCUGCAAUCCCUGCUGUCAGCGCUCCCCGCCAGUCGCUGAUAAGUCUUGGCCAGAGGCGCCUCGAGUGCGCCCAGAAUGGAGGAUUACCAGUUGCACGAAGGCCGCUCUAUGGAGCGAAUAUCACUCACAGAGGCGCACACGACUACCUACCCUACGUGGUUUCCCGAUUCAGAUCCCUCCGCGCUCGAUUAUCGGUGGAAAAAUGCCGGCCCUUGCACCCUACCUAGUGUUCUUCUUCCUCGCCUUCAUCUCCUGUGCCGUGACCUUCUGUUGCCUACGCUUCUGCAUGUGGGCCUGCUACGAGGCCUGGAGGACCGGACCGGAUAGGCGUAGAACCCGUGUUCGACCCCAAAGGCAACGACGCGAUCGCCAGGGGGGUUCGUUGAACACUUCGGAGGAUCGGCCGCACAACCGGUAUGGCGAUAUAUUCUUCAUCGAGCCAAGCAGCGAGGAGUCGGCCCGCAUUCGCAGCCAGCUGGAGAAGGACGACAAGGAGCUGCCCAGCUAUGACGAGGUGAUGCGCAUGUGUAAUCUGACAACGCCAACGGCAGCCGCCGCGGCACCUCACUCGCCCUUGGCUGUUCCCAGCCCCAUUGGGAUAGCGGCUUUGCCAGCUCCGCCAUAUUCGGAGUCAGAUCCGUAUGCCGGGGCUGCGGAGGCGGGGGCGGGGUCGGCGAUAUCACCCACAGUCAUCACGAUGGAGCCGGAACCGUCGACAUCGCGUGCCGCACAGAUCCCAACAACCACCAAUGUUGGCCGCGGUGCCCCUCUGACCCUGCCGAACACGGCAUCCAAUACGGAAGUUUGAUUGGGUGAUUGGGGGGUACUGCUGCAUUUCCCGAGCCACUCUGGGCCGCACAGAUGUCAAUUUGUGUGUGCUUUUCAUUUCAGAAAUGAACAUGUGUGAUUUUAUUAGGUGCAUCCUAAGUACAUAUUUAAGCGCUAGAGUUUAAGUUUGGCUUAUUGUAAAUAUGUAUUAAUACAAUCUAGGCUGAAAUAAAUAUUUUAAGAGAUAAACAUAUUAA